GGGAAGAGGGUGAGUCCGUCUUCGGGAAGAACGUCUUUUUGUUAUAUAAUAAAAAGUGUUUGAGUUAUGUAACGUCCUCCUACGACUUCCCUAUUUAACUUUUAACAGACUGUAUAUUAUUAAGUAUAAAAAGGUUGGCUUCAAUUUCAGAUAAUUUUUUUUCAAAAGAGGUUUCCCAAUUUCGUACCAACACUCAAGGAAAACUUGGUGUUUUAGAAGUUCUGUUCUAAAACAGGGUUCCGUGCAAAAUGACCGAACUCCCGUCCAUUCUAACUCCCGCGAAAAUUUUCAUGACCUCCGUCGGAUUUUGGAAAUACCCACAACAAAAAUAUCCUGCGAAAUACUUCUACAAACUUUACUCAGCUGUUUUCGUAUUUUAUUUCUUCCUCUGCGCGAUUUGCUUAUACAUCAAGUUCAUCAUAACGGUGAGCACCACAUCCACCCUAGACCCCGACGUAAUCAAACAACUGGCCUAUGUCAUCAGCUACCUGAUGACGACGUAUGUGAUAAUGGUGUGCCGUAGCGGCAGCUUUAACGACGUCAUAUACGACAUCGCUGUCGAGGAACAACGCAUGCUGAAAAGUGGUGAUGACGACAUUUUGAAGUCUCACCUUCAACACAUCCGACGAGACAAUUACAUCAACUUCCUCUUCGCUAUAUUCACUAUCGCCACUGGAUUCGCUCUGGCUUGGGAGAAUUACCAGCAGAACAUCGUGAUAGCGCGCUACAACAGAGACCACAACACCACCCUGGAAAGGCCCUUGCUAGUGCAGCUCUACUAUUUCAAAAUAAACAAACACAAACGAGAGAAUAUGCUGCUGGUGGCUUCUGAGAUCUCCAUCGCUUGCAGUGUGCUGAUGAUACUCGCGUCCAAACUCAGUCUCUAUUCCUGUAUCAUAUUCGCAUCUUCUGUUCUCAAAAUGGUUGAGGUCAAGUUCAGGAAGAUUGGUCUGGGUAGCGAAAAUCCUCUGGCCGUGUUGAAGCGGCUAGUGGAAGAGCAUCAGCGUGUUAUCGCAUUUGUUUACAAAUUAAAUGGUUCGAUAAAAUACCUGAUUCUGUUGGAAUAUCUCCUGAACUCUCUGAAUGUGGCCGCAGUCUCCGUUCAGUUAAUCACGUACGACAAGAAGAUGUUGCCGACUCCUGUGUUCUACCUGUGUUUCCUGCUAAUUCAAGUUUUCAUUAUGGGCAUAAGCACAAACGAUAUUAAAAUUCAGAGCCUUGCCUUGUCCGAUGCCGUAUACUCCAGUCCAUGGCACGAACAAAGCGAAGCGACUAAGAAAUUAUUACUAACAGUGAUAGCUCGAAGCCAGACACCCCUGGAGUUGACUAUAGGCCCAUUCGGACCCAUGCUUAUAGAGUCGGCCCUCGCUGUCUGUAAGGCAUCCUACUCAUACGUCACCCUGAUGAUGCACAACGUCCAGUAAAUAGAUAAACACUUUUUUGUGAAAAGUUAUUUCAUUAAAUACAAACUCUAU